CCAAUGAUAGUACUAUCUUUGCUUUAGCACUAUCUUAUCUUUGCCUUUAGUCUUUAGUAUCGAUAUAAAAAGGUAUACCAUCUUUUUCGCCAAAGGUUGCUAGGUCUGGCGUCUGGCCUGGCCUAGCCUAGACCUUUAGUAUAUUAAUAAUCUGGUAUAAUCUGAGAGUUUACUAGAUCUAUCUGGUAUAAUAAUAUUAAUAUGCCAUAUUUUGCCAUAUUAUAUUCCUCUGUGGGGUAUAAUACAGUAUAAUAGGCCACUGUUGACUGGUGAAUUUAUUAUUUAAUGUCAUAUUUUUAAUUUUUGAAUUUCUAGAUCUUCAAAUAUAUUACGUAGGGCCAACUUUGAUGGAAUGCGGGCAUGAGACAAACAUAAAUAUUUGAAUAGGAAUGGAAUAAUUAAUUGUGUCUUCACGCUUGCCUAGGCUAGCCUAGCUAGGCCAGUCAGACAGAUGAUCAAUUUGACCGUCUGUCUUUGAUUCCAGUAAUCGAUUGUACAGAAAGUUUAAAGUACUCGCUCAUGUCAGUCAUGAGUCAUGUCAUGUUUACAUCUGGUUCUCUUGGCCGACACUGUAGGCCUAUGACUUCUCGAUGAUGUCGGGAAAAUGAAUGCAGGCUGAAAUCUAGCGCUAGGCUAGGAAUCACGGCGCUCAUGUUUUAUCUUGGUGCAUCAUCACCAUGCAAAUAUUGUAACUAGAUCUAGGCCCAAGCCUACCUGCUGCUUAUAUCUGGCCCUGGAGGCAGUGGUAUAUAAAUGUAAAUUACGUGACAUGUUUAUUUAUUCUUUUACAGUACUUUUAUCACCCGUCCUCUCCUCGGCGACCCGACCUCGGGCCUCGGGUUUUGGUGAUGAGAUAGAUCUAGAUUAGAUCUAGAAAGCCUAGAGACUCUAGAUUCUAGAUCUAGAUCUAGGAAUCACGACGCUCAUGUUUUAUCUUGGUGCAUCAUCACCAUGCAAAUAUUCUAAUCGUCGAACCAAGUCAAACUCACAAUACAAACGGCAGUUAUAGCGAGUGAGUAUAAUAAGACCUGCCUAGGUAGACCGUAAGAUCUUUCAGUUUGCACAGGGACGAAUUUAAUUAUACAAUAAAAACUUCGAGAAGAUCAAUAUGAUGAUCAAACUUCAAACUGGCCAAGAUUCUAGCUCCAAUUAUUCAUCAAGAUAAGACGUUCUGCUAGACCUAGUGACAGUUGAUACACAUUAAUUGUCUGUCAUGUGUACAUGAUACACUUGUACUCAUCAAAGGAUUAUUAAGGUUGGAGUAACAAUUACAGUAGUAGAUCUAGUAAACCAUGGAUGGCAUGGAUUCUGCUGACGCCAAGCGACCAAAACUGUCACACAGUAAUGGGGACAAUGAACGCAGAGAGGAAUCGGGAUCACAUCGUCAUAAUACGGAACUUGGAAAUGGAGUCGAUGCAGAGUCAGAGGACCUCUACGCUGACUGGGCUAAUCUACCAGAGCCCCUCGUGACUCAUAUACUUUCCUUCCUCUCUGCCCUGGAAAGGUGCCGAGUUGGAGCAACGUGCAAGAAUUGGCGUGAGAGUCUGGAUAAUCCUGUGCUCUGGAAAACCAUGAAAUGUGGGUUUUUCUUGCCAGCUCAUGGGAAUCUGUUGAAAUUUGUGCAGCGAUACGGGCAGUUUGUUAAUAACCUCACCGUUGCCUUGAAUCAAAAAGAGACUGUGAAUCGUAUGAAUGCUAUUGCUGUGUUCAAAACACUUAAUGACUUAGAUCAUAUUCGUUUGACUCAUAUUACAGUACAGUUUAAAGGAGACAACCCUUUGUUUUAUGCAGGUCAGGAGUUUAUGGCAGUUCUAUCUUCCUUGUUUGAGAAAAUGGGUCAGCAACCAGCAGCAUAUCGCUCAAUUAGGUACCUAAACUUUCGGGAAAUGAAAGCUAAUUUUGAAGUUGAUUUCAUUUCUCAUAUCGCGGCAAGCUGUCCCCAGCUGGAGUAUUUGAAUAUUUUGAAUGGAAUGCUAGUGUGCAAAGUAUCUCCUCAUUCGAUGGUCGAUCUGGUUCAGAGAUGCGAGAUGCUGAAAGAGUUGCACCUCUAUCACUGCAGUUUGUCCAACGACGUUUUGAGAAUGUUCACCGAACCCGGCAGACAGCAGCUGCUCAAGCUUGGUGUCGUGUGUCGAAGGGCGGAGAAAUAUGGGACGGACAUCUCUUCAGAAGCCUGGUCUGCUUUGGUUUUGGCAAACCCGGACCUGAGGGUGGAUCUUGGCUUUGAUCACACCUGUCCGUAUCAUCGCAUUGCAGAGAUUCUCAAGCCAGAAAUACCUGUCAAAGAGUUGCAUUUUGCAACUUAUACCAGGAUCACGCUGGAGGUGAAUUUAGCCAAAAUGUUUUACGAUCGAACUCUAGAAAAACUCGUAGUUCAUACGAAGCCCAACGCAGAGUUUGAGCAGACUCUGUUGGCUCUGGUUCGGGCGUGCAGAAAGCUUCACACCUUGUAUGUAUAUGGUGUACUGAGGAAAGAGGUGAUUGAAGAGAUUUUUACUCUGUCACCAGAAAUGAAAUCCAAAGGUUCAUACAUUCUCAAAUGGGAGAUGGAGCCCGAGCCGUGGACAGUUGGGGAGGAAGACGAUGAUGGAGUGUAACGAUCAGUGUUUUAAUUUUGAAGUACAGUGGAGUCCGUUUAACAUUUUGCCGUCAAAUCUCGCCGAUCGGCGAUGUUUAUCACACUGUUCCUUUGGAUUUUCCCCCAAAUGCCUUUGCCAUUGAUAGCAAGGGUUUUUACUAUAUUGAGCCUUGUGAUAGGAAAGCGUUGAAACAAAAUCUGCAGGACUACUGGAUUAUCUUCGGUUUAGCUGGAUUUUCAUUUAAAAGUGCUCACUCAAACAGAAAAAAAAAA